GUGUGUGCAUCUGGCAAGAAAGGAAGAGAUGAAUUCUUGGAGUGUAAGGACAUUGUUUUAGGAGAAAGUAACAAGAUAAGUGGUCAAGGGGGUUAAAGCCCCCCUUUUGCAAUGGUUCUUUCCUCUUGAAGAGCCUGUCCAAGUGGAUCAAGCAUUUAGACGUUGUGUUAAAACUUAUGAGGAAAAGGACACGAAGCAUUUUUGUGAAAAAACUCAGGAAAUGUGGGCUUUUGUGCUGAUUUUUGCGUUCUCUGUUGGAGCGUCUGAACCCCCCAACAGCACCGCAGAGGUCAUAGCUCGAGCUAAACUGAUGGCUCCCAGUGUGGUUGGAUGAUCCAUAAAGAAACUGCCCGAGCUCAACCAUUUCCUCAUGGAGCGGCUGGCCCUAUAUCAUAACUUAGAGUACGACUCAUCAGAGGAGAAGAAACCCCGUUUGAUAUUCUACAAUGAAAAAGACGAGGUUGUAAAGACUGUCCCCGUGAAGAAAAUGACGGCGGAUGAGAUCAGCAACCUUCUGGACUCUCUCGGCUUCUACAAGAGGUCAAAGAAAGGGGAGGAGGUUCCGGAGGAGUUCCAGCACCUCCCUCUGCGGACCCCCAAAGACGAGCUUUGAUGAGAGCCGUGGCUGGACUCUGCGUCUGCCAUCCGGCCGCAUAAAUGACGGGUGGCGCUCCAAGGCCGACGAAACACGCCAGGCACCAUUCUGAGGACUCGCUGGUCGGACGCCGUCUGCAGAGUUUUAGUCACUGCUAGCUCACACUGUUUUUUUCACAAUAAAAGUCCUAAAAUGUUUUAGUCGAAAUGUUUGCUUCAAAGUAAAAGCGUAAAUAUGGAAGCGUUUGUGACUCGUAAUUCAAAAUAAAAGGUAAAUACUGGAAA